CCGCCUCAGUAGUAGGAAGUGGGAGAAUUCCGACAGCGCGUGAAGGCAGCAUUAGUCUGAGCGCGUGCAGUUUGACGUAUGAGACUGCAUGUGUGUAGUCAGUGAGAAAGUGCACAUCAGUUAAUGAUUAACGACUUCACAUAUUAAACCUUGACACUCCUUCUGCUCUGUUGGUGAAGCAGUAACAGUGUACUCAGAUCUCCGGGUUUGAGUUUGCAUGAGGCACUUCAGCACUAUGGCAGCCAUGCGAGCAGCCAAACAGGCGCUCAGGAAAGAGAUAAAGAAGCGACUGGCUGCUCUGAGUGACGAGGAGAAACUUCGCCAGUCACACGUCGUUUCACAGAAGCUGUUCCAACAUCCAAACUACAGAAGCAGCCGUCGUGUCGCAGUGUUUCUGAGCAUGCACGAUGAAGUUCGCACUGAAGCCAUCCUUCAGCACAUAUUCAGCAGCGGCAAGAUCUGUUUCAUCCCCAGGUAUCAGAGCGACAGCAACCACAUGGACAUGCUACAGCUGAACAGCGUGGAGGACAUGAACUCGCUGCCCGUCACCAGCUGGAACAUCCGGCAGCCCGCUGACAAUGACACGCAGAGACAGGAAGCUCUCACUACAGGUGGCUUAGACCUGAUCCUGAUGCCUGGUCUUGGCUUUGAUAAAAAUGGCAAUCGUUUGGGGCGAGGUAAAGGCUUCUAUGACUUGUACCUUCAGCGCUGUAUGAGGCAUCCUAAAGGCAAACCCUACACCAUCGCACUGGCCUUUAAAGAGCAGCUGUGUGAACAGGUUCCUGUGGACGACAGCGACAUACUUAUUGAUGAAGUUCUCUAUGAGGACGUUUGAGUUGGAACCUCUCGAAAAAAAAUAUCAAUCCCAAAAUCAAAACAGUUUACUCAGUAUGAUUCAAGGAAAGCUACAAAGGGCUAAAGAUAAGCGGGUUAAGAAAUUGCAGAUUUUUCCAUGACUUCAGUCAAAUGAAAUCCAAUGAAACUGCUUUUGGUUAAGUUGGAAUAAUUAACGAAUGCAACAUUUUAUAUGUUAUGAAGAGUAAAAAUCUACCUCUCAGUCUGAAUCUCAAUAUAAUCAAAAAUCCUGUGGAUAAAAAGUACAUUUAAAGCUGAGAGUAGCUCAGUAUGUUAUGAUUUAGUGCCGUUUCAGUGCAUUAUGGUGUGAUUCAAUAUUGCAGAUUGUCUAAUUUAGCUUUGAGGAGUGGGAACACAUGUCUAUUUCACUGGAACUGAUAGACUGCAGAAAGACAGAGAGAGGGGAGUAGAGAAACACACAUUGCAAAAAGAAUCUCAUUUGCUAACUUUUUAAAUUGAUUUGUGCAUCUUUUAACAGACGUUGUUAAUAUAGAGGCACUUCAAUCCCCGUGCCUCGCCAUUUUUCCCAGAUACACACUACUUUAAAUUCUGUAGCCAUAUCAUAAAUACUGUGACUGGUCGACAGAUUUGAUUUCUUGUCCAGGGGUACACAGAUAACUAGUCAUGUCCUCAUAUUUAGCCAAAAUAUACUGUAAGUACACCCAUGUUAUGCAUUCAAAGUAAGAGUGCUGUUGUAGCAUGAGUUUCAAUCUGUGCAUUAACUUUGUUCAUUAGAAAGGAGAUCAGGACAAAAGUGUGAUGAAUAAGAACCUUUCAGUACAUCAGACAGUUUAAAAGCUGUGCUAAUGUAACAUACUGUGAUUAUCUUUUUAAUCUAGAUAAGUUAAAGCAAAAUAACAAGCAAUCAUAAUAGAAAGCAGUGACGAAACAAAGUGAAACACUUGUGGUGAUCUCUGUAAUUAUCACUUUGCUUUAUUUUGAGUUCUCUAAUCAUCUUUACAUGUUUAUGAAAGCUGUUCUUUUUCUUUGUAUACUAUAUACUCUGGUUAGAUGCAUUGCUGCUUUUGCAUUUGUUGAGUAAACUGGAUUUGGGCAUAUGUUUUAUCAGGUAGUUAGCAAUUAUUCCAAAUUAUUGGCGUCUCUUUGAUACCCUGUCGAUCCUUUUUUUUCUUAACCAUAUAUUCAUUGCGUAGCAACGCUAUGUCCCAUUGGCUGAUGGUAUCACUGUACAAAUAUAGUUGUAUCAUUUCUUUUAAAA